ACUGCAGCCUGAACUCCGGUGCGCCGGGUUUUGAGAGCUGCCACCAGCGUAGGGAGGGAGAGGAACGCGCGGCAGCCACAGAGCACAAGGUUCAUAACCAGGAUUGGUCGCAAGUAGGGAGCUUUUGCCACUCCGCCGGGACCUUCGGACGUUGGCAGUGGAGCAAGCCCAGUUCUCCUAGGCGUUGUGCUCCGCGUCUUGGAUUCAUAUUGCAUUGUUGACAAUUCUCACAGGUGAAAUUCGGCCAGAGCUCACUUGGAAAGUUCUGCAGAUUGGUGUAAGAGAAUCAGAUUCUUCAAGCUGAGCUAAAAGAAACAAUCCUCGUAGGUUCUUAUUGAAAAGAAGAGGGAUUAUUGACACAUACUAAUUCCCCAGCAUGUGGCUCUCAGAACUGCCCUAAAAGGACCCAUGGAUAUUACACUAACCUGAUGAAAUGGCCAGAAUCCGAGAAGCACCUUUGUUUAUGGGUUGGACACAUGCCAUAUCUUCAAGUGUAAUAACCAGCAUCCAAUCAGAAAGUACUGAAGCAGAAACGUGAAGCAGAGUCCAUAAUAAGGGUCACAGGUCAACACCAAGGGAAAGAAGGACAGCCACUGAAGUAGCAAGUAUGAAGCAAUAAUCCUGCUUUCUGGCCCAUUCUCUGACAUGUUCAGUUAGCUUUUGUUAUAUGGUUCCAAGACAGAUGCCUGAGGAUGGUGCCACCCACAGUGGGCUGAGUCCUUCCAUAUUAAUCAUCAAUCAAGCAUGGGCUAGGAAGCAGUGCCUAGGAGGCAGAAGAGGUGGCAGAGCAGAGGCUGCGCUCUGCUAAAUCCCUGAUUAAAGGUUGCACAAAGCUUAAAAGGAACAGAAGCAGCAGUUCUAUUCACUUGUUAUUGGACUUGAAACUCCUUUGACCUCGGAAACUGAAGAUGAGGUUGCCAUGGGAACUGCUAGUGCUGCAAUCAUUCAUGUUGUGCCUUGCAGAUGACUACACACUGCAUGGCCCAGUUUUUGUUCAAGAACCAAGUCAUGUCAUGUUUCCUUUGGAUUCUGAGGAGAAAAAAGUGAAACUCAGUUGUGAAGUUAAAGGGAAUCCAAAGCCUCACAUCAGGUGGAAGUUAAAUGGAACAGAUGUUGACAUUGGUAUGGAUUUCCGCUACAGUGUUGUUGACGGCAGCUUGUUGAUCAAUAACCCCAAUAAAACCCAAGAUGCUGGAACGUACCAGUGCAUAGCAACAAACUCAUUUGGAACAAUUGUAAGCAGAGAAGCAAAGCUUCAGUUUGCUUAUCUUGAAAACUUUAAGACAAGAACAAGAAGCACUGUGUCAGUCCGUCGAGGUCAGGGAAUGGUCCUUCUGUGUGGCCCGCCACCCCAUUCUGGAGAGCUGAGCUAUGCCUGGAUCUUCAAUGAAUACCCUUCCUAUCAGGAUAACCGCCGCUUCGUUUCUCAAGAGACUGGGAAUCUGUAUAUUGCCAAAGUGGAAAAAUCUGAUGUUGGUAAUUACACCUGUGUAGUUACCAACACUGUGACCAACCACAAGGUCCUGGGACCGCCCACACCACUAAUCCUGAGAAAUGAUGGGGUGAUGGGUGAAUAUGAGCCCAAAAUAGAAGUACAGUUUCCAGAAACUGUCCCGGCUGAGAAAGGAACAACAGUCAAACUGGAAUGCUUUGCCUUAGGAAAUCCAGUCCCAACUAUUCUAUGGCGAAGAGCUGAUGGAAAGCCAAUAGCAAGGAAAGCCAGAAGACAUAAGUCAAAUGGAAUUCUGGAAAUUCCCAAUUUUCAGCAGGAAGAUGCCGGUUCAUAUGAAUGUGUGGCUGAAAACUCCAGAGGCAAAAACGUAGCCAAGGGACAGUUGACUUUUUAUGCUCAACCUAACUGGGUUCAAAUAAUAAAUGAUAUCCAGGUGGCCAUGGAAGAGAGUGUCUUCUGGGAAUGUAAAGCAAAUGGGAGGCCCAAACCUACCUACAGAUGGCUAAAAAAUGGUGACCCACUGUUAACACGGGAUAGAAUACAAAUCGAGCAAGGAACACUCAACAUAACAAUAGUGAAUCUCUCAGAUGCUGGCAUGUACCAAUGUGUGGCAGAGAAUAAACAUGGAGUUAUCUUUUCCAGCGCUGAGCUUAGUGUAAUAGCCGAAAGUCCAGAUUUUUCCAGAACACUCUUAAAAAGAGUAACACUUGUCAAAGUGGGAGGUGAAGUUGUUAUUGAGUGCAAGCCAAAAGCAUCUCCAAGACCUGUCUACACCUGGAGAAAGGGAAGAGAAAUAUUAAGAGAAAAUGAAAGAAUUACCAUUUCUGAAGAUGGGAACCUCAGAAUCAUCAAUGUGACUAAAUCUGAUGCUGGAAGUUACACCUGCAUAGCCACGAACCAUUUUGGAACUGCCAGCAGUACUGGGAAUGUGGUUGUGAAAGACCCGACAAAGGUGAUGGUUCCUCCUUCCAGCAUGGAUGUCACUGUAGGAGAAAGCAUUGUUCUUCCAUGCCAGGUAACACAUGAUCACUCCCUGGACAUUGUGUUUACGUGGACAUUUAAUGGACACUUGAUAGACUUUGACAAGGAUGGAGACCACUUUGAAAGAGUUGGAGGGCAGGAUUCAGCUGGUGAUUUGAUGAUCCGAAACAUCCAACUGAAGCAUGCUGGGAAGUAUGUCUGCAUGGUCCAAACAAGUGUAGACAAACUCUCUGCUGCUGCGGACCUGAUUGUAAGAGGUCCUCCAGGUCCGCCCGAGGCUGUGACCAUAGAUGAAAUCACAGACACCACUGCUCAGCUUUCUUGGAGACCAGGACCUGACAACCACAGCCCCAUCACCAUGUAUGUUAUCCAAGCUAGGACUCCAUUCUCCGUGGGCUGGCAAGCAGUCAAUACAGUUCCAGAUCUCGUCGAUGGGAAGACAUUCACAGCAACUGUGGUGGGUUUGAAUCCCUGGGUUGAAUAUGAAUUCCGCACUGUUGCAGCUAAUGUGAUUGGCAUUGGGGAACCCAGCCGGCCCUCAGAGAAACGGAGGACAGAAGAGGCUCUCCCUGAAGUCACCCCGGCUAACGUCAGUGGUGGUGGAGGCAGCAAAUCUGAACUGGUUAUAACCUGGGAGACAGUCCCUGAGGAAUUACAGAAUGGCAGAGGCUUUGGUUACGUGGUUGCCUUCCGGCCACAUGGCAAAAUGAUCUGGAUGCUGACCGUGCUGGCUUCAGCUGAUGCCUCCAGAUACGUGUUCAGGAAUGAGAGUGUGCGUCCAUUCUCUCCCUUUGAGGUUAAAGUGGGUGUCUUCAAUAACAAAGGGGAAGGCCCUUUCAGUCCCACCACGCUGGUGUAUUCUGCUGAAGAAGAACCCACCAAGCCACCAGCCAGUAUCUUUGCCAGGAGUCUUUCUGCCACAGAUAUCGAAGUUUUCUGGGCCUCCCCUAUUGGAAAGAACAGAGGACGGAUUCAAGGUUAUGAGGUAAAAUAUUGGAGACAUGAUGACAAGGAAGAAAAUGCUAGAAAGAUACGAACAGUUGGAAAUCAGACAUCCACAAGAAUCACCAACUUGAAAGGAAGCGCUCUGUAUCACUUAUCUGUCAAGGCGUAUAACUCAGCUGGGACAGGACCCUCCAGUGCAACAGUCAAUGUCACGACCAGAAAGCCACCACCAAGCCAACCCCCUGGAAACAUCAUAUGGAAUUCAUCGGACUCCAAAAUUAUCCUGAACUGGGAUCAAGUGAAGGCCCUGGAUAAUGAGUCAGAAGUAAAAGGAUACAAAGUCUUGUACAGAUGGAACAGGCAAAGCAGCACAUCUGUUAUUGAAACCAACAAGACAUCAGUGGAGCUUUCUUUACCUUUCGAUGAAGAUUACAUCAUAGAGAUCAAGCCAUUCAGUGAUGGAGGAGAUGGCAGCAGCAGUGAGCAAAUCCGAAUCCCAAAGAUAUCAAAUUCCUAUGCAAGAGGAUCUGGGGCUUCUACCUCCAAUGCGUGUACGCUGUCAGCCAUCAGUACAAUAAUGAUUUCUCUCACAGCCAGAUCUAGUUUAUGACAAAAGUUAUCUGAAGGACUUGCUAUUUAUAAUAUAAGCAACAUUUAGCUAGUUGUUUUGAAGACACCCAGUACUAAGUAAUAUUGUUGUUCAAGUACAUCUUAUUACUGGAAAAAAAUGUUUUAUGCUUCGUUAGGAAUGGCAUUAUACAGUACUUCCUCAAAGCAAAUCUAGCUUUGUCUGAAGUUUCUUUGGAAACUCUGCAAUGCACUGAAGACAUCUGUAAUAUGAUGUUACCAAAGCAGUUUACAUAUGUCCUUAUAUGCAUAUUUUUUAUUAUAUAUUUAGUGUUUUAUAGAAUUUUUUAAAGUUAACAUAUAAUAUAGAUAUUGUUUUUUUUUCUUCCUCUGCUGUAAAAUGCUCUGGGCAACACAAACCACACAAUUAUGAUUUGAGCCAAUUUCCUUUAAGGGCAGAGUUUGAAACUCAUCACAGCAAAUGAAUUACAAAUGACUUGUACAGUUUUACAAGGAUCCAGUGUGAAAACAGCUGGAGACUGGGUCUGUAACUCAAUGCUGCUGUAUAUAAAUUAUCCCUUGAAUGGUUAAUGCAUUGAAUCGAGUCCCCUUGACAUAUGUGAUAUGUUUUCCCACCCUGUUGUGAAUUUUCUUGUUGACACAAUUUGAGAUGGUUUCAGGAACUACACAUCCCAAAAGCUAAACUUCCCAGCCCAAGAGGUACCUUGUGCAAUUCUCCCAUCCCUGAACUUAGCAUCAUCUGGUAAGACUUUAUUUGAGCAUCGUCUUUGUAGUAGCAUUAACCUAGGCAUUGGAUUUGAAGUUACAUAUCCUGUAGUAACAUAGAUGAAAAGUUACUAUAGUCAAACAAGUCUUUCAUGGCAUAAAAGGUAAUUUUACUCUUUAGACAUAUCUGUUUUGAAUGUAAAUUUUUUAAUAAUUCUGUCAAUGCAUUUAUAAUUUCAAAUUUUCUUAUAGAUAACAUGUGUAACUGUAAUGAUAGAGCCCUUCUUUUGAAUGACAAUAACAUAUGUAAUUUGAAAUUUUUUCCUAUUUUAGCAAAUAGCUGCUGCAAAGAAUUUUACAUAUAACUCUAUAACUAUCCUUAGUACAGAUGUAUUGUAUCUUGAUGUUUCUCCCGUUUUGCAGUAGCUAGUCUGGUUGCUUUAUAAGCUUUGCAUUCUACAUCUUAAAAUCAUACAAUGAAAGAUGGCAAUAUUGACAAACCUUAUUCUUAUGAAAAGAACUAUUUAUUAUGAUAGGGGAUGUUUUGUAAGCUGACAAGGGUGGAACAUAAAAGGCAAUGAGAUUUUCUAUAAAGUGUUGCACAUGAAAACACACAGUCACCUUUUUCUUCUUUCUUGGAGAGCUCACGAUUGCCUGUAAUUUGUCAUUUUUGCUUACACAUAACAUAGCCUUUCAACUUGCUAAUUAUAUUCAUCCAAUAAAGGCAUCAUUGAUUCCAUUUGUGUAAAAAUUAGGAUGGUAACAGGGAAAAUAUUGUCAGUAUUUCAGCUGUGUUCCUUUCUUACUUUGAUAUGGCUUACUUCUAUGUUAAAAUAUGAUUUAAAAUCACAUGCAAAAAAAUCAACAAAGUAAUAAAAUGAAUGAAAAAACCUGAUACCCCAGGUAGUUCCCAACCCCAGUGUAAAUGAUAUCUACCAGUGAUCUAGCAUAUGUAAUCUUUUUUAAAGGUAUUGUUAAUAAAUAUUCUGUCAUUUGUAAA